CUAAGAUGCAGAGUUCGGUGCCGCUACUUCAGCAUCUCUGGGGCUUGGACCCUGAAAUCUAAAGUAGCAGCACUGCAGCCAGAGCUGGGGAUGCUGACCAGUCAGUCCUGGCCCAGGGAGGCAGAAGUGAGGGAUGCAGAUUGCCAGCAGCUGUUCCUUCUUAUCAUUUCCAUCUUCCUGGGGCUGAGCCAGCCGAGGAGCCCCAAAGGCAAGAGGAAGGGGCAAGAGCGGUCUGGGCCCCUGGCCCCUGGCCCUCACCAGGUGCCACUGGACCUGGUGUCACGGGUGAAACCGUACGCCCGCAUGGAGGAGUACGAGAGGAACCUCGAGGAGAUGGUGGCCCAGCUGAGGAACAGCUCAGAGCUGGCCAAGAGCAAGUGUGAGGUCAACUUGCAGCUGUGGAUGUCCAACAAGAGGAGUCUGUCUCCCUGGGGCUACAGCAUCAACCACGACCCCAGCCGUAUCCCUGCGGACCUGCCGGAGGCACGGUGCCUGUGUCUGGGCUGUGUGAACCCCUUCACCAUGCAGGAGGACCGCAGCAUGGUGAGUGUGCCGGUGUUCAGCCAGGUGCCAGUGCGCCGCCGCCUCUGCCCGCCACCGCCCCGCACAGGGCCCUGCCGCCAGCGUGCGGUCAUGGAGACCAUUGCCGUGGGCUGCACCUGCAUCUUCUGAACCACCUGGCGCAGAAGCUGGGCCAGCAGCCCAAGCCAUCCUCCCUGCACUCUUGUGCCAAGAAAGGCCUAUGAAAAGUAAAUGCUGACUUUUGAAAGCAA